UCUACUGCCUUCUGGUGCGGUCCAUGAGUGGAGCAGAAUCAAUGGCUUCGAUUUCCAGCAGCGCCCUUCCAUUUCCAACCACCAUUUACCGCCAACGAGCUACUAAUCAAUCGCGAUGCGUUCGGGCACAGUCUGAACCCGAUCCGAAUCCCCCUUCGCCUUCGUCUCCUUACUCCAAUGACGCUGUAGAGAAGUCAUCGGGUGCAAUGAUAGUCACUGAUGGGCGCGCAAGGAGAAUGGCCAUGGAAGUUCAGAAGCUGAAGGAGAAAGAAGCGAGGGAGAGGAAAGAAGAGGUGAACAGGAAGAUAGCAUCGAAGAAAGCCAUAUCGGUGAUACUUCGAAGGGAGGCUACCAAGGCCAUUAUUGAGAAGAAGAGGGGUCCCACCAACUCCAAGAAGCUGCUUCCGAGGACCGUUUUAGAAGCACUUCAUGAAAGAAUCACAGCUUUGCGGUGGGAGUCUGCUCUCAAGGUUUUUGAAUUACUGCGUGAACAGCUCUGGUACAAACCUAACUCUGGCAUUUAUAUCAAGUUAAUAGUCAUGCUUGGAAAAUGCAAGCAACCUGAGAAAGCCCAUGAGCUCUUUCAAGCUAUGGUUGAUGAGGGUUGUUACGUGUCCUGUGAAGCAUACACUGCAUUGUUAUCUGCCUACAGCAGGAGUGGUCUCUUGGACAAUGCAUUCUCUAUUCUUGAGGAGAUGAAGAGCAUUCCUGAUUGUCAGCCAGAUGUCCAGACAUAUUCAAUCCUCAUUAAAUCAUGUUUGCACAUUUUCGCCUUUGACAAAGUCCACUAUCUUCUAUCUGAUAUGGUCAUUCAGGGAAUCAAACCCAACACAGUUACUUACAACACCCUCAUUGAUGCUUAUGGGAAGGCAAAAAAGUUUGCAGAGAUGGAAUCCAUACUUGUGGAAAUGCUUGCUGACUCAGAUUGCGAACCUGAUGUAUGGACCAUGAAUUCAACGCUAAGAGCCUUCGGCAAUAUAGGGCAAAUAGAAACAAUGGAGAGAUGUUAUGAGAAAUUUCAGAAUGCUGGAUUGCAGCCUACCGUUCAGACUUUCAAUAUCCUCUUGGACGCCUAUGGCAAGGCUGAGGAUUACGAGAAAAUGAGUGCUGUGAUGGAGUACAUGCAGAAAUACCAUUACUCUUGGACAAUUGUGACCUACAAUAUUGUGAUUGAUGCUUUUGGCAGAGCUGGAGAUCUGAAACAGAUGGAGUAUUUAUUUAGACUAAUGCGAUCAGAGAGGAUAAAGCCGAGCUGCGUCACGCUUUGCUCACUUGUGAAGGCUUAUGCACAAGCAGGUAAACCUGAAAAAAUCAGCGGUGUCCUGCGUUUUAUAGAGAAUUCAGAUGUAACACUUGACAUUAUAUUCUUCAACUGUUUGGUGGAUGCUUAUGGGAGGUUAGGUUGUUUAGCUGAGAUGAAAGGAGUGCUUGAUAUGAUGGAACAGAGAAGUAUUAAACCUGAUCUAAUUACAUAUAGAACCAUGAUCAAAGCUUAUUCAGCUAAUGGCAUGAAUAGUCAUGUGAAGGAGCUUAGAGAGCUCAUUAGGACAGCACAGAGGCCUCCUUUAAAAAGAGACAAGCCUGACUUUUAAUGAAAUGGUUUUCUGAUCUUGUUUCUGCCA